UGCACCAAGCCACCCCACGGCCAUGCCAAGCUCGCCGGCCGGCUCCCGCUGGCCUCGGCCGUCAACCUGGCCACGGCCAAAGACUCCAAGGCGGUGGUGACGUGCGUGGUCAUCGUUCUCUCCGUCCUGGUGUGCUGCCUGCCCCUGGCCAUCUCCUUGGUGCAGGACAUGCUGUCCGGCAGCGGUGGCUUUGUGCUCUACCAGUUUGAGCUGUGUGGGUUUACGCUCAUUUUUUUCAAGUCGGGAUUAAAUCCCUUUAUAUAUUCCCGCAACAGCGCGGGGCUGCGGAGACGCGUGCUCUGGUGCCUGCAGUACGUGGCCCUGGUCUUUUUCUGCUGCAAGCACAAGACGAGGCUUCGAGCCAUGGGCAAAGGCAGCCUGGAGGUCAACAGGAACAAGUCGUCCCACCACGAGACCAACUCAGCCUACAUGUUGUCUCCAAAGCCUCAGAAGAAGGGUUUGGAGCAGGCGUGCGGUGCCAGCCACUCCAAGGACAGCGUGCUGAGUCCCAAGGCGUCUGCGGGGCAGCAGCACUACGGGCAGAGCAGCUCCACGCCCAUGAACACGCGGAUCGAGCCCUACUACAGCGUGUACAACAGCAGCCCCUCGGCGGAGGUGAGCACUCCUCACAGCCUGCAGCCCGCGGGCUUUGCCUUCGCCAAGCCCUGCAUCCCUGCGCUCCAUCCCUCCGGCAGCGCAGGGCGGGACAUACCGCUGCCCUCCGUGUAGCCUUGGCAGCGGCCAGCCCUUCCAGAGGGUCCCCUGCUCUGCUCCGGGGAGGAAUUGCUCCAUGCUCCAUGAUACUGCUGCCGAUGGAUAGAAACACCGCUCCCGUUUGCGUUUGAGGCAAACGCGGAGCUGUCGCCUCCGUGACGCGCUCUGGAGAUCCCGUGGAGAGCCAACAAGGGGGAUAUUUUACAUUUGGGAUUGUUGCACAAAGGUGGUUUUGUUACUCACUUUUACUGCUGGGCAAGUAGAAAAAACCCUAGAUGCCACGAUUAUGUGGUUUAUUGUGACAUAAGGUCAGGUUGGGCAGGGCUGACAGAAACCUGGGAUAUAGGGGAAGGUGUCCCUGCCUGUGGCAGAGGAUGGAACUGGAUCAUCUUUAAGGUCCCUUCUAACCCAAACCAUGCCAUGAUAAUGCCGAGUAUUAUAAUAAUAUAAUAAAAUACCUUGUAUUUUCAGGAAGGAAGAAUCAGAAAGAUGCUUGGUAGUAUUUGAAUUUAAACUCUUCCCGUUGCAGAAGGUUGGAAGAACCAACGUUUUCUAACAAAACAAAAACAAAAGUCCUUUAUCUUCAUGGGGUGAAACCGUGAUUCUGUUGAGGUAAAUGGCAAAAUUCCUAUGAACUCAGCUGAAGUUCAGGAUUUCAGUUUUGGCUUCUUCAAGUGGGACAAGGCUUUGUUUGGUCAGUAUUACAUUUCCACUGGGGAGGGACAUUUGGGAAGUGUGGCACUGGGAUAAACCUCUGCAGUCUAUAUCUGCUGGGCAUUGGUUUUAAUGAUGGUGGCAUUCUGUAUCCCCAAAUUAUUUGGAGAAGUGUUUUACAUCUGAUAGAAAUAACCAUGUGCUACUGAAUUAUUUGCAUUACUUGAGGAUAAAGAUUAAUUUUGCAGUAUUAUGUGACUGAUACACCAGGAGGAGCAGAGUCACCUCUGGAAUUCCCUAACUGGUCAGCUGUCAGGCACAGAGUCGUGUUGCUGCUUGCUCUUUUUGCCCAUGACUUUGUAUGAAUUGUGAUUUGGCUAUUCCUGAUGGGAAGAACUGACAGCUGUUAACAUUUCUAAAACCAGAAUGACAAGUUUUUGAGGUUUUGUUAAGUCUAACAUCAAUUUCAUCUGUCUGCUUAGAAAUUUUGUCUGUUGGUCUACACAGCAAGCAAGUAACAGAAGUUAAUUAUUUUUUUUACAAAUUCACCCAUUUGUGUUGUAUCUUAUUGUGGGAAUUCCAUGGGAGACAGAACAAUUCAGGGGCGUUUAAAUUCCUGACACUUCUUGCUUUAAGUGGCCAGAUCUCUUCCAAACAAGCAAUCACCUUUCAGCUUCUGUGGACUUCAGCAGAGCCUCAGUGUCUCCAAAAUAAUUGUGCCACAGGCUUUUGAUACCUUGCUAUAGGAAAGUGCCACAUCUUCAGCAAAAUGACAGUGAUGGGAACGUGAUUUGUUACUUUAGGAACAAAAAAUGUCCACAUCAUUGCUGUCUGUGAGUUGUUGGUUCAGGCUUUUUGUUAACUAAACUGUUCUCAAGAUUCUCCUGGAACACUGUUCUUUGUUUAACACUGAAUAUGAAUUAAUUCUGAAUAAUUCAAACCAGCUUUCUUGCAAUAAAAUCAGUGUGAACAACUUUCUAAUACAAA